GAUUAUCUGAUGAUGAAGCUGCAGUAUUUUUAUCUCAUAAGAAGGAAAGAACAUCUGUAUACUCCGGGAAAAAGAGUUUAUCUGCUGUAUUAAGCCUGAAAGAAUACUGCAUUCAUGUGUUAAAGAAAAACAUAGAUAGUAUUAAAUAUCUAAGGAAAGUGCCUUAUAAUGUAAUUCAACCAGUGCUUGAAUGCUGUACUCCUAGUCAACUUGUAAAUCUAGAAAAUCACAAUAAGUACCUUAUGGAUCAUACAAACGAGCUUUGGAAAAAAUUUUGUCAGAAGUGUUAUAAAGAUGAAGUACCACAAAAGCAUGAAACCUGGAGGAGUGUAUAUUUGAGAGCAAACAAGGGGAAAGAAAAAAAGUUAAAAGGAAUAAUUGCGUCUAUAGCUGCAUCUAAAGCUAAGAGUCAACCAGAGCGCCAGCUGAAACUUGCUGAUGCUCCUGUAAAGUAUUCACAGGGCAGUAGUAAAAUAACGAAAAAUACUGUGAAUGCUGGUAGUCCAUUAUUUGCUUCAUCUAAAGUCGACUCACCGUUAAGUGCAUCCAAAAUCAGCCCAUCGACAAGUACAGCCAAAGUUACCUCUGAGUCCCACAUAAAAUAUUCUCAUAGCAAUAAUAAACUCACAAAAGGUGUUGUAAAUAGUAGUAGUAGUCCAUCAGUCAGUUCAUCCAAGGUAAGCCCACCAGUUGCUGCUCCAUCAGUCAAUGUUUCUAAGACCAGUCCACCACUGAGUUCAGCUAAAGUUUCCAAGCCACAAAAGAAACAUAAGAAAGCAGCUGAAGCUCCACUGAUGUCCAAAGUGAAGAAAAGCAUGGGACUUUAUAAGCAGAAAUAACACUGUUAUUCAUCAUUCCUCUCUUUUGACAGGGGCGGAAUCUUACAGAAGCCAAAGCCAAUCCUGGCUGUAUCAUAUGUGUACAAAGUAUAAAAACGCACAUGUUUUAUUUAUAUAAUUUAGUUGAUUUUUACUCAUUUUAUUUUUGAAUUUUAAAAAGUUAAGAUAAAGAUUUUAUCUUUA